AGUUGAAUUCGCUGGCCGGUGGUCUCUUUCUCUGCUACAAUCGUGGGACCUUUGACAUGUUAAUUCCAUCUUCCAUAUCGGAUACGGCCAUACUGUUUCGCAGAUGAGAGCAAACGUGUUUAGCCCGAUUCUACCGUAGCGGCCAAGGAUGGAAAGGAGCAGCUAUUUCAACUUGGACGCUCAAAUCUUCUGGGUCGCUAUCAGGGGAGAAUGGAGCAGAAGAGAAAUAUGAUCAGGAUCGAGCGGGAGCCCGUCAUUUUGACAUCCAAGCCAAAGCUUGUCAAAGUCCUCACUACCUUGUUCUCGACGGAUGCGGACAGGGGCCUGUUCAAGGCUUUGUGCGCCAGGAUUGAGGCUUGUGUGCGUGCUAAGUAUCACGACCUGUUCGAGGAGCUAAUGGAGCUUCAACAUUUGUUUGAUCCGCACAAAACUCAAGACAGGGAACCUUCUUCGACCGACGAGACGAGGUUUCUCGAGAUGUUUCACCGUGAGAUAAUGACAAAGAGCAAUUUCAAAGUUCUUAAAAAGAAAGAAUGGAAGAUUGCUACUUCGAGCAAAUACGUUCUUCGUCUUGAUGUCAAACUCAACAAGGAUAGACUUGAUGACAAGCUCCUGAAGAAGUACCCUAGAGUUACCGAGGCAGGCGACGAACAGCUUUUUGAGAACAGGUGCUUGAUUUACAGGAGAGGCAUUGGGUGUGACACUGCACAAGGCUACUAUAUGCUGGCCAAAGUUGAGGAGAUUCAGAAAAGUUUUUGGAAGAUGAUUCUUAGACUUUGUAUUGGCGAGGAAGAAAAUUUCAUGCAUGAAGAACCAAAACCUGACGAUAGAUUUAUGGAGAUGGAGCGUAUUCAUGUAGGAGACGUGCGAAUCAAGCAUUUCUUUCAAAAGGUGGAGCUUCAAGAACCAACUUUUAGCCAGGUAAUUGUCAUCUACAGAACACGCGAUGAUCCUCGCGGUAUUCACAUCAAGCAAUUCAAAGACGUACCAAUGGCUGAUUUGGAGCUUGUCCUGCCCGAGAAGAAAUCACCGCGCCUGAGCUGGUCUGAAUGGAUAAAGCUCAUCUUUUCGGGUGUCACAGGAGUGGCUGGGUUUUGGGAAGCCUUUAAGAAAGGCCACUCUUCCUUUGUACCACUCGCCUUCACCAUCCUUGCAGCUUUUGUUGGAUACUGCUUCAAGGUGUAUUUCACGUUUCAUAUCAAUGUUCUGGAGUACCACAGGCUCAUCUCCAAGUCAAUUUACGACAAGCAAAGCGACAGCCACCUUGGUACCCUGCUACACUUGUGCACGAACGUAACCAACCAGGAAACAAUGGAAACUAUCGUGGGAUACUUUGUGUUGCUUGUGCUAGGGACGGCCACAAAACAGGAGUUUGCGUUGCAUUGUAACUAUCUGAUGGAAAGAGAGUUUCAAGAGAGAUGCGAAUUCGAAUAUGACGACGCUUUGGACAAGUUGAGAGCUUUCGAGUUAUUAGACGAGCGUGGCGAUGACCGCUAUCAGUGCCUCAAUCUCGAAGAGGCGAACGAAAGGCUACAAGGCAGGCUGAAAGAAAGAGCUUAAAAGAAGUACCACCACUCGUUGGU